AUGUUUCAUUCUCUUAGAUUUUUAGAUUUUUUCUUGCAUUUGAUUUUUUUUUAUUUCUUGCCUUUUCUUUCUUGCUUUCCUUAUCUUAAUUUUAUCCUCUUUUUUCUUUUUUAUUUUAUUCUUCUAUUUUUUAUUUUGUUUUCAUUCUUUUUUUCUUUUCCUUUCUUUUUAUUUUAUUUGUUCAAUUCUGUUUUUUAUUUUAUUCUUUCUUUCGUUUUUUCUUUCUUUAUCUUUAUUUUCAUUCAUGUUUUUAUUUUGACUUUCUUUCAUAUAUUCUCCUUUCUUCGUUUUUCUUUCUUUCUGUCGUUCUUUCUUUUAAUUUCACUAUUUUUUCUUUCUCUCUUUUUCUUUCUUUCUUUUUUACUUUUAAUUUCAUUGUAUUUACCUUUCUUUUUCUUUCUUUUUUCUUUCUUUCUUUCUUUCUUUCUUUCUUUUGAUUUCAUUGUUUCCAUUCUCUUUCUUCUUUUGACUUUUUCUUCAAUUCUUUUUCUUUCUUUCUUACUUUUAAUUUCAUUGGUUCUAUUCUCCUUCUACUUUUCAUUUUCUUCUGUAUUUACCUUUCUUUCUUUCUUUCUGUCUCUUUCUUUCUUUCUUUCUUUCUUUCUUUCUUCAGUCUAUCACACAAUCAAUCACACAAUCAUAAGCCUGCCAAACUUCACCUUCUUUCUUUCUUUCUUUCUUUCUUUCUCUCAUCCUCCUGCUAAUAUUUCCCUAAACAUUCUUCUUUCUUUCUUUCAUUCUUUCUUUCUUUUUUCUUUCUUUCUUUCUUUCUUUCUUUCUUUUGAUUUCAUUGAUUCCAUUCUGUUUCUUCUUUUGACUUUUUUCUCCUAUUCUUUUUCUUUCUUUCUUUCUUUCUUUCUUUCUUUCUUUCUUUCUUUUAAUUUCAUUUUUUCUCUUCUCUAUCUUCUAUUUUUCUUUUUUUUUUCUUUCUAUUUCAUUGUUUCAGUCCUCUUUUAUCUUUUAUCUAUAUUUUUACUAAAUAGACACCAAACUUAG